UAGAUUAAACAUAGAGACAUAUUAAUGGAACACAUAUAUAGACUCAGUAUUUAUCAAACAAAAACCUACAAGCUGCCCUCAAAUCAAAUAUAUAUGUGACGACCCUUUCAGAGUCCAAUUGGUAGAGCUGCCCGCAGCCUGCAGAGCAUUGUCGACGUAUGGCGCGUCCACGACAUGCCUGCGCAAGAAGACAAGCACGAUCCCUAUGCCGCUUCCACUGUGCCGGCCAUUUUUUCUACGGUCCCUAAACAAUCAAUUAACAAGUUGAUCUUGAUUGACUCCUUCGUUUAUCACCUCGCAACAACCAGCAUCGCACGUCCACAAGUAAUAGAUUUAAAAUGGGUUCGUUUACCACCUCGCUAAUCACAUCACACUCCUCUCCCUCUCGUCUCGGCUCCCCCAUAAAACACCAACCCCAACCCGUCCUUCUCAACAGAAUUCAGAAUCCAGACGCGAGAGCUCACAAAGACUCGGGCAGCUGUCGGCGAUCUCUGUGGUACAGGGGCACGUGAGACGUGGGCAUGGGGAACUGCCAGGCGGCGGACGCGGCGGCCGUGGUGAUCCAGCACCCGGGCGACGGCAAGGUCGAGCGCCUUCACUGGCCGACCACCGCGGCGGACGUCAUGCGCAGGAACCCCGGCCACUACGUCGCCCUCGUCGUCCUGCAUCACGUCGAAGCCGAGCCCGAGCCCGCCGUCGCCGGAGAAAGAGGAGGUGCCAGGAUAACCAAGGUGAAGCUCCUCAAGCCCAGGGACACGCUCCUUCUUGGCCAGGUCUACCGCCUCAUCACUUCCCAAGAGGUGAGCAAGGCCGUGCAGACGAGGAAGCAGGAGAGGAUGCGCGGCUGCGACGAGGCCAUCGAGCGGGAGCGGCCGCGGCUGCACCGUCGGCGGCACCCGCCAAGGUCGAGGGGCGACGAUCCAACCACGGCCGCCAGAGGCGGACAGAGGCAGCCCGCCGAUCAUCAGGAACGGAGGCGGCUGGAGACGGACCGGCGACACCGGAGCAUCGUCGCCGCCAGCGGCAGAGGCCGGCACUGGCGACCGGCGUUGCAGAGCAUUACAGAGUCGUCAUCGAGCGGACACGUCUCUGUAAACGAACUAGAAAAGUAGAAGAAGGUUUCGGGGGAGCUAGAAAUGUACGUACGUUAGGCGAUCUGAAUGUAUCCAUCGGCUUCUGUCCUGUCUCAAUCCGUUUUGAUGAUACA